UUGUCGCCCUACCCACAGAUUACGGGAGAAUCAGCACCAAGUGCCUCUAUGGAACCACGUCCCCUAAUUAAUUCAAGUCUGUACGCCUGGCGCACGAUCCAGAAGUUGCUUGAGGAUGGGGACUGCAUCAUUGAUGGAAGCUCCCUGGAUAUAGCCACUGUCGUUGCUGUUGCCAAGUCAGUCUCAAUUUAUCACUCUUUUUCUAGACCACAUCCGUCUGACUAUGUCUUCCAGNNAUAUGGCAUAUAUGCACAACUGUUGACCGACGAUGACACUCGCAAACGUAUAGAUGGCAGCGUUCGUGUGCUGAGAACCCACCUUGACUUGGGCCAUCUUGUUUACGGAAGCGCAACGACAAGAACCGACAACUUGGAAGACCUUCAGAGAGCACUGAUUCAGCAUCAGAACUCUGGUAUACUCACGAGCCACGAUAUUGGCCGUCCCCAAGUUGUAUCGGCAGCGAGUGAUCCUUUCAGAUCCCGAGACAUUGACAUAGACUUCAGCACCAAUUCUAUGCCACCAAGCUGGGUGAGAGCGAGCAUGCUCAUCAGAUGCAAUUCGAUCAUCAGAGGACACUCUGGUGUGGGCAUGUCAGUAGCGAAAGCCAUUCUUCACCUCCUUAACAAGAACAUCGUCCCGGUGGUACCGCUCAGGGGCAGCAUCUCGGCCAGUGGAGACCUGAGCCCUCUAUCAUACAUUGCUGGAGCCAUCGAGGGCUCUCCCGACAUCUCUGUCAGGCUCGCCAAUGGCAAUAUUUCAUCAGCGGCAGCGGCAUUGAAAGACGCUGGCAUUGAGCCUGUCGUUUUUCAGCCUAAGGAAGGAUUGGGUCUUUUGAAUGGAACAGCAUUCUCUGCCGCGACAGCAUCUCUUGCCUUACAACAAUCCCGAGAUGUUGCAGUCCUGUCGCAGAUUCUGACUGCAAUGAGUGCGGAGGCAAUGCAAGGUUCCGCAGAACCCUUCUGGCCUCAGAUUACCAACAUGCGUCCUCAUCGUGGUCAGAUCGAAUCAGCUGCAAACAUUCUCGCCUUUCUCCAAGGUUCCAAACUAGCAAAGCUCGCCAUCUCUCAGAUCCACGAAGAGCUUAAUUCCACUACAGACAACCUUUUGAUGGACGUUGAGUCAGACCAUGUCCUACAUGGGGGCAAUUUUCAAGCAGCUGUAGUGACUUCUGCCAUGGACAAGACGCGUCUCUGCUUAGAGCGAUUGGGCAAGAUGCUCUUCUCUCAGGCGACUGAGAUCAUCAACCCCAUGCUCAAUGGUGGAUUGCCAGCAAACUUGUGUGCAGACGAUCCCUCAUUGUCGUUCACGUGCAAGGGAAUUGAUAUCAAUAUGGCUUCUUAUCAAUCGGAGCUAGGUUUCCUUGCCAAUCCUGUUGGAAACCACGUCCAAUCAGCCGAAAUGCAUAACCAGGCCAUCAAUAGUUUGGCUCUCAGAUCUUCAAGCUACACAUUGCAAGCACUCGAUACGCUUUACAUGAUGGUGGCUGCUCAUUUGUUUGUGCUCUGCCAGGCACUGGACCUACGUGUUCUGCAGGUCGAGUUUCUCACAUCCAUUGAGGCAAACAUUGAGAAUAUGGUUUGGAAUCGCAGCAAUUUCUACGUGCCCGAAGGGUUGCGAGACACACUCAGAACCGCAAUCAACAGACGUAUAGGAACCGUGUGGUCUACUACCAACACCACUGACCUCGACCAAAGAUGCAAGACCACUGCCGAUGCCGUUAUUCUGGAUGUCAACAACGCGUUCGGNCACGCCUCACCUGCUGCACUUAUUACUUCCGCCGAACUGAUGAGUUUCACGUCCGAAUUAUAA